UCAGAAGGGUCGGUCCUUACGUGCUUGGGGGAUUGUGGUGCUUCGAGAUGUAAACAUUUUUGUUGUGUGCGACACUAUUUUGUCAUUAUCUCAAGCAGCACCAAUAUCACCCGAAUGCCGCCCUGACCGGAAAAUGAUGCAGGACCUCUUGAAAGUGUUACCUGAUGACCUGCCCAUAACGGAUGUGUGCAUCUUGGAGGAUCCACAAAACUGCCCGCCGGGAUACCAUGUGGUUGACAAAACGUUUGACCAAGACACUGAUGCCGACCUGUGGAAAGAUGGCUUUUUUGGACGGCGCAUCACACGUUACAUCUGCUAUUCGAAGGCCCAGAACACAGAGUGCAUCCAGUCGUUGGUUGUGGUUGCUGACAAGGAGAUGCCUCCAGAGGGUCAUGUCGUCAUGAGUGCAACCAGGGACACCGAUCAACGUGCCAUGAAGAAGAAAUUCCUUUGCUUCAAGACAGUGUCUAGGGACUAUGCCGGCGAGGCAGUGUCAGACAUUAUUGUCCUGAGCAAAUCUCGAAAGCCUCCCGACGGAUUUGUUCUGGCAGGAGAGGUAAACAGUUUACACAUUGGCUACAAGCUGACACAAGUAACGCCCGUCAAUGGGAGGAAAAACAGCUACCACCAGCCACCCCUUCCCCCUCUGCCUUACCCUCUGCCCUCUCACAUUGAGAACCACCUUCAGGGAAAUGCGAUCGGCGAGCGCACAAGCCAGCAGGGCAGGCCUGCCCUCAAGUCGGCCAUAGACGACGUACCAUUUGAAAUCAACCCAAGGUACCGGACCAUGUCUAGGCUUUCCGAGUUCACCAUGCCAAACAUUAGGGUCAAGACAGCUAGCGAGCUUUACGAUGAGUACAACUACAACUUCCAAGUUGAACGCCAGGCCAAAACACCUAAACGAUGCAGCAGGGAUGCCAAGUUUUGUUCAUCUCCCUUUUGACUGCCGGACGACCAACACCCCUGCUUGACUCUUUAGCUGGAGGUUUUUGAACGACUCCAUCCAGAACAAGAUAGUAGCGGCAUUACCUUGCAAAAGUACGAACCCACCUACUUCUAGACGUGCAGCAAAUGCUGUCUCUACACCAUUAUACUUCGCCGACUCCGAAAGUGGAGCAGAAGUUCUGUGCUUGCUGGCUCAAGUGAUUGUUGCCCUUGCACCAGGUGUCUGCUUUUUGUGCGUGCAUGAUAAUGAAAAGCCUGAGCAUGCACUACAAGGACAAUAGUUAACUGGUCCACAAGCACAUGGGUUUCUUUGAACUGUCAGCUUGGGAAUAGAGGGAGUUUAGCAUGGCCACACAGGCAUCGCUUCUCUGUUGUUUUGCACACCGCAGCCACAUUAUGCUUUCGUCACUCAUCAUGGAUAACUACACUACAAGUAAUCUAACCAACUAAGCUCUUACAAAGGCCUAUAUAAAGGAGAAUUACGGUACUCUGAUUAGCUUUUUUUUUUGUUGGCGGUUGGUCGUGCAAUGUAAGUACACUUUGUGGCAAGUAUUUUUUACUUUUCCCUCCAGUAAGUGCCGUUUUUUUUGUUUUUUUUUUUGCUCAGCUUCAGUGUGCCAAUGGCUUAUUUAUUCUGCUUUAUAGCCCCAUACUGCAGUUUAGUCUAAAGCUAUAACUGCAUCAUCAUAAGCCGCAUCAACAAAUAUUGUGUAGCGUGCCAGAAUGUGUGGAAUUUUUUAAAAUUUGUUUUAGCUUGUAGCUGUUUUUAUCCAAUCCAUCAGCAACAGAUUCAAGAGUACAAGAAUGCCAUAUCCUGUCACAGUACUCUCCAAAUAAAGGUUGGCCAGAUGUGGUCAAACAAGUG